GUUGCAGCUGUACAAAAACCCUUUACUAUUAUUACAACUUCAUUAUUUUCUUUUUCAAACAAACAAUUUUAAAGAGCAAGAAGAAAAGAUGAGUUUCAGAAGUUUAUCAUUUCAGCGUUGUCUUCAAACUUUUGUUGCCUCAUCUUUUAAUUCCAAGGAUAAAACUUAUCGUUAUUUCUCAUCAAAUCCUGCGUUUGCCUUACAGCAACCACGCAAGGCUUCGUACAAUGAAGAUGAGAAUGGUGAUAUGGAGUGGAAGAAGCUUGGAUUUGGUCCCGUAUCAACUGAUUUUAUGUACAGCAUGAAAUGCUGUGAAGAUGGAAAGUUUGUUCAAGGAAACCUUACUCACUAUGGGAACAUUGAAUUCAGCCCUUUCGCAGCGGUCUUAAAUUAUGGACAGGGCAUAAUAGAAGGUUUAAAAGUAAACAGGAAAGAAGAUGGGAGGCUGCUUCUGUUUCGCCCUGAUCAACAUGCCCUUCGCAUGAAAAUGGGUGCCCAAAGAAUGUGCAUGCCUUCUCCUUCCAUCCAUCAGUUUAUCCACGCUGUCAAACAAACUGCUCUUGCCAACAUUAGAUGGGUUCCUCCACCAGGAAAAGGAUCCCUCUACAUUAGACCUUUGCUCAUUGGAAGCGGUCCGGUUCUGGGCGUAGGUCCAGCGCCUGAAUACAUGUUCCUCACAUAUGCUUCCCCUGUUGGCAACUAUUUCAAGCAAGGCAAAACACCUUUGAGCUUAUAUGUUGAAGAAGAAGAGGUUCGUGCUUUUUCUGGUGGAGUUGGAGGAGUGAAAUCUGUGUCGAAUUAUGGGCCGGUGUUGAAGGCACUUGUUAGAGCAAAAAGCCUAGGAUUUUCUGACGUUUUAUACCUAGACUCUGUCAAUAAGAAAUAUUUGGAGGAAGUCUCAGCUUCCAACAUAUUUACUUUGAAGGGAAAUGUAAUUUCAACUCCUCCUACAAGUGGGACAAUUCUUCCUGGCAUUACUCGUAAAAGCAUUAUUGAGAUUGCGCUUGGUCUUGGUUUUCAGGUAGAGGAAAGAUCUAUAUCAGUGCAUGAACUGACAGAAGCUGAUGAAGUUUUUUGCACCGGAACUGCUGUGGGAGUUGCUGCUGUAGGGAGUGUUACUUACCGAGGCACAAGAUUUGAGUUCAAGGUGGGUGAAAACACUGUAUGCCAAGCAUUGGGCUCCACUCUUGUUGGCAUUCAAACAGGGUUGACUGAGGAUAAGAAGGAGUGGAUUAUCAACAUUCACUAACUCUUUUAUCAUAUAUGAAUCAGUAUUGGUAGUUGAUGAGUUCAGAAUAACUUUUAAUCAACUCCAUGUUAAGUUCUUCAUCGCUUCAGCAAUACUACCUUAUGAAAAAUGUUUGAUUUCGCAAUACAAACAA